GAGAUCCUAAUAAUCAUUUUGAGGGAAUACGAGUUAUCUCAGAAGCUGCCACAUAUCUGGAUAUUACCUUGGAACGCGCCUCAUGCACGCUCAUCGUAUAUUUUAAACGUGAGGCGGACACACGAAUUGAAAGAUCGGUUGCAAUUUAGUAUUUUGAACUCCGUUUGAUGACCUUUACGCGACGGAGAGAUUAGGCGAAUUAUAGGCGUCAGAGCAGAGAUGGAUGCCAUGGGAGCCAAUGUAGAAUAGCUUAAAGAGGAUAUAAGGCGAGUCGAGGUGGCGCCAAGCUCAAGAAUUUGUAUGGCAUACCUCACUGGCGAGUUACGGCAUAUAAAUGGGGUAUAUUUGGACCAACGUAUGAUGGAUUCGUCUUUUGCAACGGAGAGAGCGAGUGAAAAAAAGAGAGAGAGCACGAGAGAAUUAUCUAUCUAUAAUAUUUUCUUUCAUGUCGUGCACCGUGCGAAGCACUUAAGCAAAAGGUCAAAAGUUAUGAGUAAUCGGUUCGUUUAUCGGUGCAAACAUAUGCCUGCAGCGUGUGUGUACAGUGCGAUAGACGACGAGAAGGAAAGGUUGAUGAAUCCUCCGUCGACGAAAACUUCGUAUCCAUCGCGGUACAUGAGUGAAAAUGAAAGAUAUCCCUUCUCUUGACGAACAAAACUUCCGGAAUAAUGGGACAAAUAUAAAAAGAGAUAGAAGUGUCGCGUGUCUAACGGGGACUGGAUUUAAGUAAGUGCGGUAGCCGCAGCGAGGGAGUGUGAGAGUCAGGAACGUGCCGUGGGGCAUGAUAAAGGAGAGAACGACAGGGAGCAACGAGGCGAACAACAACGGGGAAGGAGGAAUGAGAAUACGCGUAGUACGGGGUGUAGUGGUGAGAGCUCAGAGGGAGAGCAACAGAGAGCCGGACCAGGCCGAGCUGGGCUGUUCACUCAUUCGCGAGCGGCCGGUAGAAAAAGAAGAUGAGCUCGUCGGUAUACGUACGCACGUAACGUACGACGGAGGGAGUAGUAAGAAGAGUGAAGAAGAGCUCUCCGGAGGGAGACCCUCGCGCGGCGCCACGGUGGGUGCCGACGCGACGACUAUAAGUAAGUCUCGCGCGGCGCGUCGCGGCUUAAUGCUGCCGUUGCCGCGUCCGUGGCGCCAGGAGGAAGGUCCAUUGGCGACGACGAUAAGCUUCCUUUUCCCGGCCGGUCCUCGAAGACAACGAAGAAGAGAGAAAGAGGAAGGUGCGGUGAAUUUAUAUUCCAUAGAAUGAUGUGAACACAGCCACAGUGCAGAUAACACGUGGCUGUCAUUCGCUGCUGCUGCAACUACUGUGUCGAUUCCUCCUGCCAGUGUUGAUCAGUGUUGAUCGGCAGUGUGGCAGUGUCCAAACGCGGGAUAAUAUCGCGGACAAUUGCCAGUUUUCUGCGUUAUACGAAAUUGUAUCAACGUUCGUGUCUUUUAAUGACAAACAAUUAUACGAUUAUUAUUGAAAAACUCAUAAAUAUCGCGCGUAUUGAGUGGCGCGAAGGAGGACGCUCUCUCUCUUGAAAGUGAUCGCGCAGAAGUGGUGCGCGCGGUCACCAAGUUUCACGAAUCUCACGGUCACGAUAUUUUUAUCGCUAUUUUCUCCAAUCGCCCUGUAAUUACACAUUGUAAUUAACCGGCAGCAUGUCCGGCAUUCUCUUAACGUUGAUGAGUCUCACGGUCAGCGCGAACCUCCAUUGCGCUGUGCGCCGUGAGAUCAACCCGUGCACCUGCCGACAGGAAGAGUUCCCCAGUUCCGUUAACACCCAGGCACAAACUGCAGCGGCAACUGUAGUCGCAUCUACCGGCGGUAGCGUCAAUGCGAAUAAUAAUGCCGGGGGUGGCACUCAUCAUAUUGGGGAACGUAUCGAGGUAACGUGCGAGAAGAUGAAGUCGUUCGAUCAGCUGGCUGAAGCGUUGAGCGGCAAGUUCACCCCCGAACAACAGAUCACUCUGCGAGUGUCACACUCGAAUCUGCGCGACAUAUCGCACCAUGACUUCAAGCAGCUGCGUAUGUCCAUCACCCGACUCGAGCUGAAUCAUGAUCAUCUGGGGGUCUUGGACGGCGAUGUUUUUGCCGGUCUGGGUCGGACGCAGUACUUGAGUCUCGCGGACAACGAAGUACCAUCGAUACCGAGGCACAUCCUGUCGCAUCUCUCGCUGCUGAGGACUCUGGAUCUUAGUAGGAAUCGGAUAAGCCGUAUCGAUUCGGAUGACUUUAAGUAUAAUCCGACGCUUCAACACUUGGCCAUGGCCGGAAAUGCAAUCUCCGAGAUGACCCCGGGUUCGCUGCCGCCUCUAGUCAAGCACUUGCACGUCGGCAGAAAUCAUCUGAACAGUCUGAAUCAUACUCUAAGGGAUCUAAAUCAACUCGAGUGGUUGCUCAUUAAUUCUAACGAGCUCACGUCUCUCGAUGGCGAGCUACCGUCGUCCGGCCACAAUCUUAAGAUGCUUUACGCCGCGGAUAAUAGAUUGACACAUCUGCCGGCCGAAUUCCGAUACCUCCAUCGUCUGGAGACUCUCUUUCUCCAACACAACAAGAUCCGAAAUCUUGACGGCACUCUGCAGAAGGCCAGACGUUUGAAGUUCCUAGAACUCUCGUACAACGAGUUACAAGAGUUGAACGAGAACGAUUUCAUAGAAGCCGAGAUGCUGGAGGAUCUCGAGCUCGGGCACAACUCUCUCAAAUCCCUGGGUGGUGCGGAUGGCGACGGAAAUGGUAGUAGCGCCCUUUAUCCUCUUAGAUCGUUAAAAUGCUUGAAUUUGACACACAACGAGCUUCGCGAAUUCUCCCUGGCUUCCUUGCGCGGUUUGCGCGAGCUCAGACUACUCGAUCUGUCGAGCAAUCGCAUCGCCAGAUUGCACAGAGGAAGACUCUCCUCCGAGAAUCUAGUGGAGGAGGAUGAAGAGAUCGCUGGUGGCAAUAUUCAGGAUUUGCGUCUUCAGCAUAACGAGUUGCGCCGCCUGGACAGCUCCUUGUUCCUAGGCAUGAAGGAACUGCAAAGGCUCAAUCUCAGUCACAAUGCGUUGGGUCCCACAAUCGGGCCGCGCAAUCUACGUGGUCUCGAUGGGCUUCGCGUGCUCGAUAUCUCGCACAAUCAACUCACUACUCUUGAAGAUACAUCAGAUACAUGGCUGCCGUCCUUGGAGGAAUUGAAUGCAUCACAUAAUCGUCUAGUCACACUGUCCGGCCGAGAUUUUCGCGGUUUUCCGGUGCUCUGUUGGGCCGACGUCAGCAUGAAUCAAAUACGUACUCUUAUGCCAGAGCUAGUAGCUAAUACGCGAUGCACGAUUCACGGGGUACCCGAUGUGCUACGUAUAUAUCUUCAAGAUAAUCCCGUGCUGUGCGACGCCGGUCUAGCCGAUUUGACCGUCGCGCUUGAGGUAAAUCAUGCUAAAGUUUACGGGGUCGGAAGUGAUUGCCCAUCCACGACGACAUUGGCACCGCCGAUGGCGAUCGAAUUGACGUCGGCACUGCCAUCGGAACCGCUGCCGCUGUUACUGGGCCGCGUUGAGCUUGCAGCUGCUGCGGCGGCUGCCUCCGGCGGCAACGUAUCCUUCGCUGCCACCCUUGAAUAAGAAGGCUGCAUCGCCGCAUGGUGGAAAAUAAUACUCGCGCGAGCAUCCAUAUCCAGCAUGGUGAGAAGGGAAGAGAGAGAAAAAGAUAAAGGAAAGGGAAGGGAUGAAAGGAGAAGGAUCAGCAUAGAGAAAAUAUUGCGCGAUAUCAGAAAAAAUUGCGCGACAAUUCGUUGGACGUUCGUUGGAGAAAGGAAGAAGAAAGACUACCAAAGUAGAUGAGCAGAAUUCGAUCAUCGAAAACGGAUAUGCCGUCUUUAGAUAUCCACAGUAGUGCAGUAAAUGUAGUGGAUUCAACGAUAUUUCAAGCGCUCUCUGUAACUUUCGUUUUCUCUGCGAUUUUGAGGGCACAAUGUGUUGUGUAUCUAUCUACGUAUGCGUGUGUAUAGAUGGAGAUGUUGCGAUUGACGAUUUUUUAUACAAUCGCCGAAGGAAACAUCUUUUCUAAUCAUCAUCAAUUCCGAGAUAGAUUCAUACAGCUCCGAUACGCUUAAGACAAUCUUGGAUGUUUAAUAAUAUCAGUUGGAUAUCGAGACAAUAAUGUGAGAAUCAUGUUGUCGGAGUAUAAUUCCGAAAUGAUACGGAAAAAUUAAAAAUAUAACGGAAGUUGCCGUCGUUAUAUAAAAGUCGAAUGAACAUGGAAUUGUACGAUUGCGUACAAAAGAAUCGUUACUUUUCCAUUCCGCAAUAGAUGGAAUUCUUACAUUGUAAAUAGUUUGUAACAGCGAAAGUUCCAUUCGCGUAUAACAAUAAGUCAUCUUUAAUUUAGCAUUCCUUUUUGUCGAAGUUGAGUAUGAAAUAUAUAGAGAAUGGCUAAUAACAUUCGUAUAUGAACGAA